CGUUGCUAUACGCAAAUUCACUUUUUAAAUCUUCUCCGCGUCGUAGCGAUGAGCGGCCAGCCAGAUGAAACCGUGCCCGUAGAUGAUGGUCUUAACCUACGGCGUUCUCGCCGGAUCGGGUGCCUUUUUCUCUCGCCUUGUCGGUGCUGCCUAUCUGAAGACAGGAGGGAGCCGCCUGCGUAACACACGUAACACACACCGUCUUUGGCGUGCAGUACCAAGGCUGAGGAGGACGGGAGAGGUGCAGGGAUGUCGAGCCCUCUACGUACGGACUUAUUGGGGUGGGAGAGUGAGACACCUGCAACUGGAAUAAGCCGGCCGGGCUACUGUGGCACCUAAGGGUGUUGACAUUACACCGCCAGACAUAAGCCGGCGGCAUCUAACCAGA